AUGGAAACUGUAUCGUCUGUGCCUUCCCGUUUGGAGGAAGUCGUGGUGUUCUACGGUGACCCCUUUGUGGCUUUACAAGACGACGAGCACGAGGUCAAGCCACUAGAAAUCAACGAGAAUCGCGAAGGAAAAGAACCUCAUGGGGAUUGUCAUUCUGAAGAAAUUACAGCCGAGGCAGUCGAUGAAGUCGACUGGACAAAGUACAACCCCCCAGCCGCCCUCAAAACCGCGCCAAAUGUCACCAAUACUGUGCUUCUCGAGGUCUUGCAGACCUCCAUCGGGAACGUUCAAGCAAGAGGCGACGAAGAGAAUCAAAGACGGGAGGAAGAAGAGAGACAACGAGAGGCGGAAACAAACGUGGACCAAGAGGGCAGCAACAGCAUGAGGAAUGCCCCAUAUCUCCCGAUAAUCAUGACAACUAGCGACCCCGAGUCAUCAACGUGUCAGCCAAGCAAAGACGACCAUAACCUCAAACUCUUUCCGGAGCUGAUGGGUAACAGUGAGGGUCGUUCGGCCACUGGACUUAUUGUGCUGCCAUUCCAGCCAAAGAAAAAGAGUCGGUUUGCCUUGGCACGAAUUCUGCAAAAGAUGGGCGAAAAGGAGGCAACAAGGAGGCCUUUUCGCCUGGGCGCCAACUCAAGCAAGAUGAGUGUGGAAGGCCCAUCAGAAGAAGGUUCAGCAAGCAGCAAAAGAAAGGAAAUAUAUCCCGUCGAGUGUGUAUCAUGUCUCGACGACUUCAACUCGAAGGACAUGGUCAAGGUCACCUGCCAUAGAUACUGCCGCGAAUGCUUUGAGCGCCUUAUCACCACGGCUGUCCAAAACGAGCAGCAAUGGCCUCCCAAGUGUUGCCUCAAUGACAUACCAUUCCGUACGAUCCUGCGUUAUGUCCCCAAAGACCUAGGCAAGACGUACAAAGACCGCGCAGCCGAGUGGAAGAUCCCCAUCAGCCAGCGCAUAUACUGCAACCAGCCCGACUGCGGUCUCUGGGUCAGACCUGACCAUGUAAACCAAAGCCUCUGCAUCGCACGCUGCUCAAACGCCCACUGGACAUGUACCACCUGCCGUGGCCCGCAACACGAAAAUUCCGACUGCCCACAGGACCGCGACUUGGCGCUGACAAAAGCCCUCGCUGCGGACGAGGGAUGGCAGCACUGCUUAAAAUGUCAAGCGCUGGUCGAGCACCGGGAGGCAUGCCAGCACAUGACUUGUCGUUGCGGGUAUGAGUUCUGCUACGUCUGCAACCAGAAGUGGCGAACGUGUACUUGCACGAUGGACCAGCUGAAUGCCAUCAAGGCCGGAGCUGCGACGCGGCGACAGGAAAGACAGCGGAGGGAGGCCGAGGCCGAAUCCGAGCUUCAAGACGCUCUACGGCAGAUCGAGGAAUUCGAGCGUGAAGAAGCGCUGAAGGCCGAGUUAUUGAGGCAGGAUAUGGAGAGGCAGGAAGAAGAGCGCAGACAGCGCGAGCUGGAAGAGCGCGUGCGUCUAGAGAGCCUCCGACGUCACCAGAUCGAGGUCAAGUACCAAGGACUCCGGGAGAUGCUUGACCAGAUCCACGACUUGCAGGAAGUUAUCGUGCGAUACCAGCACGACAAAGAGAAGGAGCUGGCGUCACAUGAAGCGUCAACCUCCAUGAUCGAGCUUGAGGCAAAACAGCAGGCGGAGUAUCUCGAGGUCACCGAGAUGGCCGCGCAGAAGCUGGCCACCAAAGAACAAGCACUCGCAACCGAGUACAUUCUCCGAGUGAUAGAGGAGAAGAAAACGGAAGAUGCCUACCUUCAGGUACUAGAGGGCUUCUUCGCCGGCAAGCCAGCGAGCGAAGCGCGUGUCGAGGAGCUUAUGCGGCAGCUCCGGAAGAAGAUGGAUAAGGGGUGGCGGGCGUGGGUAAGGUGGAGGAAAGAAGAGGCGGCGGCGUACAAGAUGAAGGUAGAGGAGGAGCGGACAAUACGAGAGGAAAUCAUGUACAGCGUGAAGAAACGGCACGAGGAGAGCGUCGAAGAAGGGCGAAGGGAGCUUGGGAGGAGGCAGGCGGCCGAGCUGCGGUGGGUGACGUUCGUUGUUGCGGAGAGAGCGCAGUUGUUGGCUCGGAUGGAGACCGCGGAGGUGGAGGACGGAGCCAAUGGCUAUAUUGUAAGUGGUAGCGAGGGAGAGGCGGCGUAUGAGGGGGUUUCCGGUCCCAGUUGA